AUGAUCAUCGAGGAGCUUCCGAGUGGCCCGCAGGCGGCGGCGGAACUUGCGGCGAAAGGCGACGCGCAGUUUGUGGACGAGGAUUACGACGCGGCCGUGGAUCUCUACACGCAGGCGAUCAGCGCGAAUGGCGCGACUGAGACUCUUCUGUGUAAACGCGCAGCCGCGCACAUUAAGCUCGAGAAUUUCACAGAUGCGGUGGCAGAUGCAAAUGCGGCGAUCAAGCUGAACCCGUCUUAUGCGCUGGCCUACCUGCGUAAAGGCGUCGCCUGUCACCACCUAGAGGAGUAUGAGACGGCACUAGCAGCGUUCAAGGCAGGAGCCAAGCUGGAGCCCAGCAAUGCCAAGUUCAAGAACGGCAUUCGCAAGGCAGAGGCGGAGCUGCAGAGCCAAGAAGAGGACACGACAGUUGACGCCCCUGCCCCUUCUGCUCCAUCCGCGUCAGAAGCUCCUGCCAGCGCCCCCAUUGCCUCUCCUGCGCCUGCCCCCUCUGCUCCUGUCGCUACACCAGCAGCAGCAGCAGCAGCACCGGCGCCAGCACCAGCACCAGCACCAGCACCUCCGAAAUACAGGCACGAGUUCUAUCAGUCGGCCACAACAGUGGUGGUGACAGUGUUUGCAAAGGGCAUUUCAUCGGAGCAGCUGAAAGUGCAGAUUGGAGAGCAAGUGCUGAGUGUUGUGAUCGAGUCGACCAAUGACGAGGCGCCAUAUGUCCUGCAGCUGCGGCUGUUUGGAAAGGUGGACCCGUCAAAGAGCAAGCACGUGCUGAUGAGCACCAAGAUCGAGGUGCGCCUGGCCAAGGCGGAGGCAAUUCACUGGACGGCUCUGGAGGCAACCAGACGACCGGCCGUGGUGCAGCCUGUGAACGUGUCCGAUGAAACCGCGGAGAAGCUGAAGCACAUGUACCCUUCGUCCCGCAAGCAGCAUGUGAACUGGGACCAGCUGGAGGCGGAAGUCAAGGCAGAGGAGAAGGAUGAGAAGCUGGAUGGGGACGCAGCUCUCAACAAGCUCUUUCAAGACAUCUACGCGGGGGCAGACGAGGAGACCCGUCGCGCCAUGAACAAGUCGUUUGUGGAAUCAAAAGGCACAGUGCUGUCAACAAACUGGAAGGAGGUUGGUUCCUUCCCUUCCUUCCUCUCUCGCCCCUUCUUUGCUCUCUUUCCCCUGUCUCCACCUCCCUCACCCCUCGCAGUCCCCAGCUGGUGGGACAUCAACCGUCAGUACCACGACUGCAGUGGCCGCCCUGUCUCCUCCUCCGUGUCUCUCAAAGGCGAGUCCUCAUACCCGUUCGGCCGCCGCUCCUCCCGCCGCCCCUCUUCCGGCCGCCCAGUUUCCGGCCGCCCGUCUUCCGGCCGCCCGUCUUCAAGCCGCCCGGUUUCCCACGAUCCUGCUGAAAUUAGCAUCAUCCGCGAGUCCAUCUUGAGACGAUACCUCCCGUUUGACACUAAGGGGGUCUACUUCGUGAUCUCGUCUCCCCGCAUGAAGCGAAAGAUGAUGCUGAAAGGAUUCUGCACCGCCUUCUGUGGCUGGCACUCGUACAUCAACAUGAUGGGGAAGAGGAUCAAGACAAGCCUCGUGGGCAACCCUGCCGGCAGGUGUCUGCCCAACUGUGCAUCAUGGGAGCUAGCGAGCAGCCUAGCGGCCCCCAACAGCGACAAGGGAAUGGACGCACUCGUCUCCACCUUCGCCCACGAGCUCGCAGAGGCCACGAGCGACCCGUACCUCUCCACGUGGAUGAAUGAGAAGGGCGAGGAGAAUGCCGAUAUGUGCUCCUACAGCUAUGGAGAUAUUGGAUGGACGUCUAGUGGAGCCCCGUACAACAUGGAGGGUGUGGGAGGAUCCAGGUUUCUUGUUCAGCAGAACUAUCACCUUAUUGAGCAACAAUGUACCACAUAUGCUUAA